GGGAGUUUGUGCUGCGAGAGAAACUUCCUGACCUCAGUUGUUUAUUGAAAAAGAUGUCACUUUUCUCGUGAUUUUUGAACGAGGAAAUUAACAAGCUAUCUAGAACUUAAAUUUAAAGAAAAAUUAUGGAUGGGAUUAAAGCUAAGGACAAGCACCUGAAAGGAAGAGAGGGCGAUUCAGUUGUCGACUCGAAGAGGGCUUUAAACUCGGCAUCUCCAUCUUCAGAAGGGUCGAGCAGUGUGGUUCCUCUCACAGAAGUUGAAGGCCAGUUUACUAAGUUAUGUACUGAACUCAAUGUGCCAGACAACGUGAAGAAGAAAACUUGGAAAGAAUGGAUAGACAUGCUGUCCAGUGACAUGGACAUAAAGUCAGACUACAUGCCCUGGUUAGCUUGUCUGCUUUAUAGUGCAGCCACUGACUGUAGGGUUCCUUAUGGCAUGACAGACCCACAAGUCCAGGCUUUAGAGAGUCCAGUGUUUACUGUGACUAAGCUGCUACAAAAAACAGACCUUGGUAUUCGCCCAUUCUUUGAGAGGCUACGUGCCCUGAAGGAACACGGAAAACUGAGUACCACAGUGAAACAGAACGUUCUGGGGCUGGAGAAGAAAUACUGUAUAGUGGCUGCUCUUUAUGAUAAACUGGAAAAAAUUUUAGCUCAAAUCUUCAGGGAGGAGACAGAGAAUGGCAGUUACAGUUGUCUUCCAAAUGCUGUGCCAGACUCAGAACUAAGUGACCUCCAACAGAAGAAAUCACUGAUAUGGACAGCUUUUGUAUUGACCAAAGGUGCCCUGGACAUGGGUGACAGUGAGCUGAUCUUCAGUUUCUACCUCCUACUAUGCAGUAUUGACCAUGUCCUAAGACUGACCCCCUCCUUCAUGCUCAAUCCUCCAUUUGACACUGUACGAAGGGAGUGUUGUGAAAAUGUGGAUCCAUACUGCAUGCUGAAGGAGCUCUGUGAACAGUUUGUGGUUCGUUAUGAAGAGGUGAAAGCAGUGUGUGUUAAUUUCUGGGAACCUUUCCUUUCUUCACUGCCUCAUACUCAGGGAGAACUGGAUCUGACCAGAAUUCAGACAGCCUACCUCCAGAACCACCAAAAACUUGGAGACAUUAAUGAAUUGCUCUUCCUCACCAAGAGUCCAGUCCUACUGCCCACUGUCCCUAAUGGUCAGUCCUCGGACACACCCAAACCUGAUACUGUGCCUAUGACUCCAGUGAGAGCUGCUUUGUCAUCUGUGCAGCAGCUUAAUGAAGUCCUGGAAGGUUGUAAAGAUACCCCAUCAUCUGAGCUGGUGAAUUUCUUCAAGGUGAGUGCCCUGGACAUGGGUGACAGUGAGCUGAUCUUCAGUUUCUACCUCCUACUGUGCAGUAUUGACCAUGUCCUAAGACUGACCCCCUCCUUCAUGCUCAAUCCUCCAUUUGACACUGUACGAAGGGAGUGUUGUGAAAAUGUGGAUCCAUACUGCAUGCUGAAGGAGCUCUGUGAACAGUUUGUGGUUCGUUAUGAAGAGGUGAAAGCAGUGUGUGUUAAUUUCUGGGAACCUUUCCUGUCUUCACUGCCUCAUACUCAGGGAGAACUGGAUCUGACCAGAAUUCAGACAGCCUACCUCCAGAACCACCAAAAACUUGGAGACAUUAAUGAAUUGCUCUUCCUCACCAAGAGUCCAGUCCUACUGCCCAGUGUCUCUAAUGGUCAGUCCAUGGACACACCCAAACCUGAUACUGUGCCUAUGACUCCAGUGAGAGCUGCUUUGUCAUCUGUGCAGCAGCUUAAUGAAGUCCUGGAAGGUUGUAAAGAUACCCCAUCAUCUGAGCUGGUCAAUUUCUUCAAGAGUUGUACCAGUAAUCCCCAGCCAGACAUAGAGGACAGAGUGCGCCAUCUAGAGGAGAGAUUUGUAGACGGCUUCUGUCAGGUGAUGGGAAAGAACAAGAAGUCUAUAUCCCAGCAGAGAUAUCAACUGGCUGUAAGGCUGUACUAUAGAGUGCUGGAGAAAAUGCUCAAAGCUGAAAAGGACCGGCUUUCCCGCGCUGACUUCAGCACACUGCUCAACAAUGAUACAUUCCACAAGUCUCUGCUGGCAUGUGCCGUGGAGGUAGUCAUGGCAGCCUAUGCUUCCACAGGUUAA